AUGACCAAUAAAAAGAAUUUGAAAUUAGGUGGAGCAUUGAUAGGGCUAAUAGGAAUAGGAUUAGCAUUCCCUGUAUAUUUCGUAAUGAGUAAAAAGAAAGAAUUGAAAGACCCAAAUAGUGCUUAUAGUAGAAACGCUUCAAUCAGAGGUACCUUUUUAAACUCUGGUAGUAAAGACAUUGGUAAAAGUGAUGUAAAAUUGAUUGGUGUAAAUAAUAAUAAUAACAAAGAAUAA